AUUUUGUUCAAAAAAAGAAAAUUUGAAAAAUAAUACUUAGAAGUAAGGUCUAAACGACACUUAUUUUGGGAAUAAUUUAAACCAAUUUUAUAACAAACUCAUAGCUAUGAUUUUAUUUAUUUUUGAAAAAUUGAACAAUGUAACUUUUUGCUGAAAUGUAAAAAUAAAUGGAAGCUUCUAGAGGGGCGGUUUAUAGGAUAAUUAAACCAACUAUUGAGAUCCCUAAUUUUUAGUUAUCAACUACCAAAUAUACGAAGUAAAGAAGGAAUCCUCAUCAAUGUAAAAUACUGUAAAAUCCCUAAAUUAACUCCUUGAAACUCUGUCUCGAGUGAAACCACAGAGAAAUAUACUUGGCCACCAAGAAACAUUUUGUACAUAAGCUACAUUGCAGCCCUCUUCCAAAACCAUCUCCAUCUUUUCAACAAAAAAUCAUCUUAAUUGCCCUCUCAGCCUCUCUGUAACUCACAUUUUAAUACUUGUUAGUUAAAUCUCAGCCGUCUCUUCUCCGCUCGCCAUGGAUUUCAAGAACGCCCUGUUAAAAGACCUGACUCAAGUCCCUUGUGACAGCACCAUCGGUUCCAAAACCCUGCCAAGAAAACCAACUAAAGUUACCAAGAAAAAUGAAUCCUCUGCCUCUGCAGGCUCUGGAAACCAGCCAAAUGGCUCGAGAAAUCAACCUCUUGUUUCGAGAAGAAACCAGGCCUCCACUUCUGUGAGCUCUAGAAAUAAGGCCAGACGGUCUAGAACCACACGCUCAAGAACCACAAGUACGGUUUCAAGCAGCCCUGCUCUUGUACGCAGAGGCCUCUACCUACGAAUGGGAUGUACUGAGAACAACUCAGCCACGUACUUGUCGUCGGGCAAUCCAUGCUUGGAUUUCUUCUUCCAUGUUGUCCCUGAUACCCCAUCAGCUCAGCUUGUUCAUCAUCUGAAAUUGUCAUGGGAUCAUGAUCCUCUGACAAGUCUCAAACUCAUCUGUAAUCUCCGAGGCGUCAGAGGCACAGGAAAGACUGAUAAAGAGGGCUUUUACACUGCUGCACUAUGGCUUCAUGAGCACCACCCUGAAACCCUAGCUUCCAAUGUCCAUGUUCUGGCUAAUUUUGGCUACUUUAAGGAUUUGUUAGAGAUCUUGUUCAGAGUAAUCGAAGGUCAUGAUGCCCGAUCAAAGCUUAAACGAGAAUGGGCAUUGAAGACGGCACCAAGAGUCAGAUGGGCAUGGAGAAGGGAGGUUUUCCGAAUGCUUAAGCAAGAAAAGAAAGAAAUUAGCCGAACUGAGGAGAUGAAAAGGAGGAGACGGGUGCCACGAGAAGUAAGGAUUGCAAGAAAUAAGGCUAAAGUUAUGGAAGAGAAGGAAAAGGCUAGGAUUUUGAGAAGGAAGAAACAGAUGAAUAGAGCUAAGAAAGUGCAGGAGUUGUAUAAAACUGAUAUGAAUUAUCGUUUCUUGCAUGAUCAAAUUGCAACUUUCUUUGCAGAUAGGUUGAGAGCAGACAUGAGGUGCUUGAAUUCGGGUAAGGCAAAGGAUAUCAGUUUAGCUGGAAAGUGGUGCCCCACUAUUGAUUCGUCGUAUGAUAAACACACCUUAAUAUGUGCUAGCAUUGCCAGGAAAGUAUUUCCACGCGAAUCCUACCCCGAGUAUGAAGGAUUUGAAGAUGCUCAGUAUGCGUAUAAAGUCAGAGACAGGUUGAGGAAACAAGUACUGGUGCCACUUCACAGGGCACUGAAGUUGCCUGAGGUUUAUAUGAGUGCAAAGAAAUGGAGAUUACUUCCUUACAACAGAGUUGCAUCCGUGGCUAUGAAGAAUUACACUGAUAUUUUCAUGGACCGCGAUAAAAGAAGGUUCAUCCAGUAUCUGGAGAAAGUUGCAGAAGGCAAAGCAAAAAUUGCAUCUGGAGCAUUGCUUCCACAUGAUAUUCUUGCUUCUUGUCUGUGUGGCGCGACUGAGGGGCAAAAGAUUGUUGCAGAUCUUCAAUGGAAGGGCAUGGUGAAUGAGUUGUUGAGUAAAGGUAAUCUAACAAAUUGUAUUGCAGUUUGUGAUGUCUCAGCAAGUAUGACUGGAACUCCAAUGGAAGUUUCGAUUGCACUUGGUUUGUUAAUUUCUGAGUUGAGCGAAGAGCCUUGGAAGGGAAACGUUAUCACGUUUAGCAAGAAUCCUCAGCUUCACGUAAUCAAAGGAAGUAGUCUCCUUGAAAAGAGUGAAUUUGUAAGGAAAAUGCACUGGGGUGCGAAUACAGAUUUUCAAAAGGUUUUUGAUCAAAUAUUGAAGGUUGCUGUUGAUGCAAAGCUGAGUGAAGAUCAAAUGAUUAAGACUGUGUUUGUUUUCAGUGAUAUGGAAUUUGACAUGGCAUCAGCAAAUCCAUGGGAGACUGAUUACAUGGUGAUCCAGGAGAAAUUUAAGAAAAAUGGUUAUGAGACAGUGCCCAAUAUUGUGUUCUGGAACCUCAGACAUUCUUCUGCAACACCUGUGAAAGCCACAGAAAAUGGAGUGGCUCUGCUAAGUGGAUUUUCGAAGAAUUUGGUAACACUCUUCCUGGGGGAAGGAGGGGAAAUUAAUCCCGAGCAUCUGAAGAAAAGAGCAGAAUUCAAUCCCGAGCUUGUAAUGGAGGCGGCCAUUUCUGGUGAGGAGUAUCAGAAAUUAGUUGUAUACGAUUGAUUUGGAGAAUUCCUUUAUAUGGGGUUUCAAAUCAUAUGUGAUGAUUAAUGUAUUCUCCUAAUCCUUUAUUUGAAGUUUCUUGCUUAUGUAAAACUAUUUGAUUGCUGCAAUUAUAUAUUCUGGU